AUCCUUUGGCUCAUAAUAGAUACUUGUAAAUUGUAAUUGUGUAUAUACCUCACUACCUCAUUUCUAAUUUUAUUGACAGGGCAGAUCACAUGUGAUUGAAGAUUUUAAUCAAAGAAAUAAAAGUUUUAAAAAAUACACAACAAUGGCAAAGGGACAGGUCAAAGUCCUAAAUGCCCUGGAUGUAGCUAAAAUACAAUGGUACCAUUUCAAAGCCAUUUUAAUCUCCGGUAUGGGAUUCUUCACAGAUGCAUACAACUUAUUCUGUAUCUCAACAGUAGCAAGAUUACUCGGACGCUUAUACUUCACCAGACCAGGAUCCAACAACCCAGGGAUCUUACCCAUCCAUAUUUCAGCUGCAGUAAAUGGAAUAGCCUUAUCAGGCUCCCUUUUUGGCCAACUUUUCUUCGGAUGGUUAGGAGACAAAAUAGGAAGAAAAAAAGUUUAUGGCAUAACAUUAAUUAUAAUGAUCAUCUCAACUAUUGGGUCAGGAAUGUCCUUUAGUAAAACUCCUAAGGGGGUCAUAACUACCCUUUGUUUCUUUCGGUUUUGGGUCGGGUUUGGCAUAGGAGGGGAGUACCCUCUUUCGGCUACAAUCAUGGCCGAGUAUGCCAAUAAAAACACUCGCGGAACAUUCAUAGCCGCGGUCUUUGCAAUGCAAGGAAUGGGCAUACUAGCGUCCGCCCUAGUAGCAAUGUUUAUUGCUGCUAUAUUCGAUAAUAAGUAUAAACCUCCUCCUUAUAAUGUAGACCCUUUAGGGUCAGUUCCACCCGAAUCAGACUACAUUUGGCGUAGUGUACUGAUAUUUGGUGCUGUCCCUGCUGUUUUUACCCUGUAUUGGCGUAUGCAAAUGCCCGAGACUGCUAGGUACACUACACUAGUCGCGCAGAAUCCUAAACAAGCAGUGAAAGACAUGUCGAAUGUUCUCGAUGUUCAUCUCGAUCCAGAGAUAGAAAAAGUCGAGGAAUUAGUCCAUAGUGAGAAGCACAAAUUCAAGCUAUUCUCAGCUGAAUUCGCUCGUAUAUAUGGGAUUCGUCUCUUGGGUACAACCACUACAUGGUUUUUAAUCGACAUCGCUUUUUAUAGUCUAAAUCUGUUCCAAAAAGAUGUGUUUUACUCUGUUGGGUGGAUUCCUUUACCUGAAGAAAUGAGUGGUAUGAGGGAAGUUUAUAAUAUAGCCAAAUUUCAAGCCUUAAUUUCUCUUUGUGGAACUAUUCCUGGUUACUGGUUUACUGUUGGUUUUAUUGAUAUAAUUGGUAGGUGGUGGAUCCAAAUGAUGGGAUUCUUUUGUAUGACUAUUUUUAUGGUUGCAAUUGCAAUCCCAUACCAGCAUUGGAGAACAAAAGAACAUAGAGUUGGGUUUCUUAUAUUGUAUGGACUCAUAUUUUUCUUUGCAAAUUUUGGUCCCAAUGCUACUACAUUUGUGAUCCCUGCUGAGAUUUUUCCGGCUAGGUUCCGAUCGACAUGUCAUGGGAUAUCGGCUGCAGCAGGGAAGGCCGGGUCAAUAAUUGGAGCAGUAGUGUUUUUAUAUGCCUCUCAAGAGGAGGAUCCGGCUAAGAGAAAUCCGGGUUAUCCGGGUGGUAUUGGCAAGAAAAAGUCCAUUUUUAUUUUGUGUGUGACUAAUAUUAUUGGUAUGAUGUGUACGUUUCUUGUGCCUGAGACGAAAGGUAAGUCUCUUGAAGAACUUUCCGGAGAAGUUGAUGUUGAAGAUGAUGCUCCAUAUGAACGUAUUGCCGUUCCUCAAUAGUGUUAUUUGGUGUUGACAAUGGUUUGCCCUUUUUCAUUUUUCCGAGCUAAUGCUAGUUUUUUUUUAUAGUGGAACACGUUGAAUAUGCUGAUGAAUUGUGUUCUCUUUUAUGUAUAUUGAUAAGACUUGUCAAGAUUUUAGC